AGGAAAAUAAAAAUUCCAAAAAUCUGUGUUAUGAACUAUAUGGUUAUGGCUGGCGUGGCGAACCGAAAGGGAAGAGGAAUACGGGAAGAGAAGAAUGAGAAGGAAGUAUCGGCCACACGUCAAUGAACCAAUACUUCCCGCCGGAAACUCGUCUCCGAUUGCAUUUUCCGUUCUGGAAGUAUCGGCAUCAUCAUCAUAGCAUGUCCUGAAUCGAUACAGAAACCCUAAUUAUUAACGCUUUUGUCAUGGUCGAGCUCCCCAAAGCCCUAUCCCCUGCACUGCUUCUAAAGCUCCUCAAAGCAGAGAAAAACCCCAAUGCGGCACUCGCUCUAUUCGACUCGGCCUGUCAGCAUCCUGGUUAUGCUCACUCACCAUUCGUAUUCCACCAUAUUCUCCGGCGACUUAUCGACCCGAAGCUCGUUGUUCACGUUGGUCGGAUCGUGGACCUGAUGCGAACUCAAAGAUGCACUUUCUCCGAAGAUGUUGCGCUGACGGCUAUCAAGGCCUAUGCGAAGUGUUCAAUGCCCGAUCAAGCGCUUUAUUUGUUUCAAAACAUGGUUGACAUUUUUGGGUGUAAACCGGGAAUUAGGUCAUAUAACUCUAUGCUUAAUGCGUUCAUUGAGUCUAAUCAAUGGAGCCGAGCUGAACUGUUUUUCACAUACUUUCAGACAGUGGGCAUGUCGCCCAAUCUGCAGACUUAUAAUAUUUUGAUCAAGAUAUCGUGCAAGAAGAAGCAGUUUGAAAAGGCUAAGGGAUUGUUGAAAUGGAUGUCGGAAAAGGGUUUGAACCCUGAUGUUUUAAGCUAUGGUACUUUAAUUAAUGCACUUGCGAAGAGUGGUAACUUAUCGGAUGCACUGGAGGUGUUUGAUGAAAUGUCUGAGAGAGGGGUGAACCCUGAUGUUAUGUGUUAUAAUAUUCUGAUUGAUGGGUUUUUCAGAAAAGGAGAUCUUGUGAAGGCCAAUGAGAUUUGGGAGAGAUUACUGAGAGAAUCUUCAGUUUAUCCGAGUGUGGCAACGUAUAACAUUAUGAUAAAUGGUUUAUGUAAGCUCGGGAAGUUCGAGAUGAGUAUGGAGAUAUGGACUAGAAUGAAGAACAACGAAAGGUCAUUCGAUUUAUUUACUUUUAGUUCUAUGAUUCACGGCUUGAGCAAAGCAGGAAACAUCGAUGCUGCUGAGAAAAUUUUCCAGGAGAUGAUUGACAACGGGUUAUCCCCUGAUGUGACAACAUAUAAUGCAAUGCUCAGUGGUCUAUUUCGAGCCGGGAAACUAGGUAAAUGCUUUGAGUUGUGGGAAGUAAUGGGUAAGAAUAACUGUUGCAAUAUUGUUAGUUAUAACAUAUUGAUUCAAGGGUUGCUUGACAACAAGAAAGUGGAAAAAGCGAUUUGUUAUUGGCAGCUCUUACACGAGAGGGGCUUAAAGGCAGAUUCAACAACAUACGGACUGUUGAUUCACGGGUUGUGUAAAAAUGGAUACUUGAGUAAGGCUUUAAGAAUAUUAAAAGAAGCAGAAAAUGAGGGAGCUGAUUUGGAUACUUUUGCGUACUCAUCAAUGAUUCAUGGGUUAUGCAAAAAAGGGAGGUUGGAUCAAGCAGUAGAACUGGUUCAUCAGAUGAACAAACAUAAGCAUAAACUGAAUUCUCAUGUCUUCAAUUCACUGAUUAAUGGAUAUGUCCGAGCUUCUAAACUUGAAGAGGCUAUUCUUCUUCUAAGGGAAAUGAAAAACAAAGAUUGUGCUCCUACUGUAGUUUCCUACAACACUAUUAUCAAUGGUUUGUGCAAGGCAGAAAGAUUUAGCGAUGCAUAUCUUUCUCUUAAGGAAAUGCUGGAAGAGGGUUUGAAGCCUGAUGUGAUUACUUAUACCUUGUUGAUUGAUGGUCUGUGUCGAGGAGAAAAGCUUGACAUGGCACUCAAAUUAUGGCAUCAUUGUAUUAAUAAGGGUCUUAAGCCCGAUGUAACCAUGCACAACAUAAUAAUUCAUGGUCUUUGUACUGCCCAAAAAGUUGAUCUUGCCCUGGACAUCUUUAAUCAAAUGGCACAGGUCAACUGUGUUCCAGAUCUUGUAACACACAACAGCAUCAUGGAAGGUCUUUACAAAGCUGGAGACUGCGCAGAGGCUUUAAAGAUUUGGGACCGCAUCUUGGAAGCGCAUCUUCAGCCAGAUAUUAUUUCUUAUAACAUUGCUUUUAAGGGGCUCUGCUCUUGCACUCGAGUUUCAGAUGCCAUUGGGUUCCUAUAUGAUGCUCUGCAGCAUGGAAUUCUUCCAAAUGCCCCAACAUGGAACAUUCUUGUAAGAGCAGUAGUUGAUGACAGACCUUUAACGGAAUAUGUUCUUAUUACAGAGUCUCCGACAUGAUAUGAUUCUUGUGUGAUGCUCUGAAUCCACGAGGAUCUUCAACCUUCUUGCUAUGGAAAUUAUUGACAAUAGAUCUUCACCUUGAUCUUCUUGAUUGAAAUGAAUUAAAAAAUGACAUCCUUUGCUCAUAAGAAAACUGAGAAAUCAAAGCAAUAAGCAUUGCCCCAAGAACUGCAACUUUCCGCCAAUCAGGUGAAGAAAGGAAUGAUUCGGCAAUUGCUACGACUAGCAGACCAAUGAAUGCAAGAUAGAUAUAUCGCCUUGUCUUCGAACCAGCAUUUUCUUUAGUAAGCUCUUUAAUCUUCUCCAUUUCCAC